AUGUCCGGUCCUUCGCGCGAGGGCCUCAAAACCUCGAUCGACCGCGAAACCACCACACCCUUUCACCUCAAGCUCUUCUACCGCGUCAACACAUUUCACUCGCUCGCGGACUUCAGCAUUCCCUCUCCACAUCGCCGAGGAGGCCCAGGCAGUGGUCCCAAUGCUAUUCGCGGAAUGUCACCUCCAGCUGCAGCACCUCUUCCACCCCAUCUAGAAAUCUACACAUGGCAGUCAUGCACACUACGCGAGCUUUCGCUGUGCCUCACUUCAGCUCUUCCCUCCCUUCUUCCCGAUCCACCUGUCGGAACCCGACUUUGUUUCCGCCUUAUUUACCCCGACGCGCGCGGCGCAGCAAUCAUGGGCCCGGAUGCGCGUGGACGAUACUUGAGCAGGGAUCUAGGGAGUGUGAUUGUCGCACCGAGGGAUAGCCCUUUCCGCGCCGAGGGCGAUGAGGAAGACAAACAAGAGACACGACCCCGCGGCCCGCUUCGCUUCCAGGGCUCAGAAGCCGACAAGCCUCUACAGGAUGCUCGGUUUAUUGUCGGAGACUAUGUGGAAUGCGCCAUUCUUCCACCACUCGAGGAUGGAUCUGUCGCGCCGGCAAUUCGUGGUGCAUCGGGACCGCCCCCUGCUGGCGGAGGUAUGCGCGCGUUCCGUGACAAUGGAUUUGGUGGACGUGGCCGUGGUGGUCCUCGUGGUCCUCGUGGUGAUCGUGGUGAUCGUGGUCCUCCUAACAUGCCACACGGCGACUGGAACCGCGGAGAGCGAUUGCCAGAUGGUGGCCGAGGCGGAGGUCGUCGUGGAUGGGCACCUUAUUAG